AGGACCAAAUUUUGUCUUGUCGUUUCAAACUUUAGUCGACGCGACUGUUUCUAAGAAUACGAGGAAAGAAAUAGGCCAGGCCCGAAAAAAUCAAAGCGCGUAACAUGCUUCGAUAUCAAGGUCACGAGAAGAGCUUAGCUGGGUCUCACUUUCGUUCCGAAACAAAUCAUCAUCUCGUUAUCCACAACGUACACAAUAUAUGAAAGAAAAAAUGGUACAAGAGUCACUGAAUAGCAGCAAGAAAGGGCCCUCUGUCUGCAUUUUCCAUCGUAUGAAAACAAAAUUGUCGUGUCCUCCAAAAAAACGCCAAAUGUCUGCAAAGACGGCUCCCCUCCAGAAUGACCUGACCGCAAACGAGUCAAGGCCUACCCAGCUAACGGCAGCAGAGACUCAGAAGUUCAUUUGUGACGAGUACUCCUCUCACUUCAACAAAGAACCUCCUGCAUUUCUACAGCGGAGCCUCUUUGUUAUAUUUCAUUUUUUGCUAGCCACAAGGACCGAUGCCUUCGAUCCCGACGAUUACGCAGAAGAUUUUGAAAUGAUGUCCACGUUCUAUGGUCUGGACUGGAAGGACGUUUGCGAUUACUUGGGACUUGACAGGGACAAAGGCGACGAGCAAUUCCGGAAGAAAUGUCUCACCCGCAUCAACCUUCCAGAGUUGGUUCAGGGAGAAAUGCACGAUACGAUCAGGCGCGGUGUGCGGACUAGUGUCCGUCGCCGCAUUCAUCACCACGUCAUGCCGGUGGUUACAGAGAGCCUUUCGUCUUUCGGGGGACUUCUGUACACUCACAUCAGCCACAAGUUGUGCCUCGACGGAACUACCUCGGGAGGUUUCACAGAAAUCGCGAUUCUACACCAAUACAAAAUGUUCCUCAUCUUUAUCAUACUAAAACAAAGAUUCUUUCUAGGUCACCCUUCUCGAGAACUUCUCGCACAAGUUGUUGCAGAGAUGAGAACGAUUUUUGUAUUGAACAAGAAAUUAUCGGGUCUCGAAUUCCCAGUGUAUGCCAUAGUCUCUGACUUGUCGCAUUUCUUCUAUUAUUGCUACGCGGGAGACGAAUUCAUAUCACGGGGAACCUUCGAGCUGGCCGCAAAGGUCGGAUUCGAUUUCGAAACCGCUAGCAACCUUACGACCACCUUCAUGUUGACAUCUUUCGCACCCGAUUUCUUUUCAAUAAUUGCUAGAGGCAUUCUAUUGCUAUUCAGAAGCUACAAUAGACCACUUACGACCUUCGGGCGGCCCCGCGUCCGCUACAAAGCAUCUGCUCAAGUGACCUCCUCAUAUCAAGACGACAUUAUCGAAAAAUUCAGAAGGACAGUGCUGGGAGCCAAAAAGAAGAAGAUAACAGAAUGUCAAAAGGCAGUUGGAAUCGCGCACACGAUCCUCUGCUACAUCGGACUGACGUGGAUCCCCGAGGAUGGUCUAGCGAGAGGCGAGAGACUGGAUUUGGCUUCAAUUAAAGGGCUAGUGCCACCCGGUAUUACUAUGCGAUAUAAAGUUGAUAGAAGUGAUGCCAUCGUCCGCCUCCGAACCUUGGAGUUGAGGCCUAAUACUGGUGAAUGCGCUUUCAUGAUGGAUUGCGAAGAAAGCCAGGCAUAUCACAUCUUCGACCUCGAUUCAUUGACAUCUUGUUUCGAUGUCGGAACCAAAACGCUGAUAUCAGGGAUUCUCGAGAUGGUUCAAAAAUGCUUACCGAAUGUUCCUGUUUGCGGUUUUAUCUAAAUAAACAUGCAUUUGCGUAAUUUGACUAAAUUUUAGGAAUCAUCCACCAUAUCAAGCCAGAGAGACGGCUGGACUGGCGCGCACAACACUGCGCAGGAAGUAC